GGAGAGGGGCAGUAGGCCUGUCUGGGCUGCACACUGGCUCCCACUAGGGUCUGGGACUGGAUUAUUUUGCCGGUGCUUUGCCUAAUUUAUUCCUGCUGGGGCCGCGAAGCUCCGGAGGAGAAAGGGACGGGCGGGAGAGUGCAACAGUACGCCCCGACCGGCACGCGGAGCCGCACUGACAAAACAAGAGGAGAACCAGCCCUAACCCUUACACCGUACAGAGACAGGAUCUGAAGAGCUCCUCGCACACGUUGUCUGGGGUUUUCUGUUCUUUGGCAAGGCGGUUGUGGCAGAAGAGCCAGAGGAACUCGGAGCAGAGGACUCAACGGGGCCAAGGACACCGCAGGACUUGUUGGAUGAACUUUGAUCUCGAAAGACUGUUCAGAGAGAGGAAGAGGACUUACAUGAAUUCAUACCAAGCCUGGGAGAACUCCCUGGACAACGUUUACCAGAGCCAUUACUCUGAGGUCAGGACAAGAAGAGGUGGAACCGAGAAGAGGAGAGAAAGCCCCAAGUCCCCUGAAGGACCUCCAGGUCAUUCAGCACUGGGGUAGAGGUCAACCCCCCCGAGGGACUCUCGGACUAGUUCUUCAACUUGGGCUCUUUGUUAUCCACCCUUCUCCUCGAGGAGGGGGGACAGGCUGCUCUGAUCCUGGAGCCCUAGCGGUCUCCCCCAUGCAGUAGCAGAGGACUGUCCUCCAGCGGACCACUUGAAGGGUGCGUCGUAUGUUUGACGGGGCUGUGCCUCGCGGUAACAUGGCCAUGGUGAGCGGGGGUUGGGGCGAGCCCAACGGGGACACCAACGGACUGGGCGGGGGUGGGGGGAAGCUGUUCCUGAAGCGGGACGAGGAGGGGGGCUCGCCGCGGGCCGGCGGCAGCGACGCCGAGGCGGCGGACGAGGACCGGGCGUGCGUGGUGGACUGCGUGGUGUGCGGCGACAAGUCCAGCGGCAAGCACUACGGCGUGUUCACGUGUGAGGGCUGCAAGAGCUUCUUCAAGAGGAGCAUCCGGAGGAACCUCAGCUACUCCUGCAGGUCAAACAGAGACUGCCAAAUAGACCAACAUCACCGAAACCAGUGCCAAUUCUGUCGGCUAAAGAAAUGCUUUCGUGUUGGCAUGCGCAAAGAAGCUGUCCAGCGCGGCCGCAUCCCCCCCACCCACCCGGGCAUCAGUCCCACCUCCGUGGGGGGGGCCGUGGGGGGCCCCGGCCACAUCGGGGGCGACUACUUCAACGGCCAGCCGGUCUCAGAGCUCAUCUCCCUGCUGCUCCGGGCCGAGCCGUACCCCAGCAGCCGCUACGCCGCCCCCUACGCCGCCCCCUACGGCCAGACGCAGGCCGCCCACAGCGGGGGGGCCGCCCCCAGCGGGGCCUCCGCCAUGGGCAUCGACAACAUCUGUGAGCUGGCCGCCCGGCUGCUGUUCAGCACCAUCGAGUGGGCCCGGAACAUCCCCUACUUCCCCGAGCUGCCCGUCUCCGAGCAGGUGGCGCUCUUGCGUCUGAGCUGGAGCGAGCUGUUCAUCCUGAACGCGGCCCAGUCGGCGCUGCCUCUCCACAUGGCCCCCCUGCUUGCCGCCGCCGGCUUCCACUCCUCGCCCAUGUCCGCUGAGCGCGUGGUGACCUUCAUGGACCAGGUGCGCGUGUUCCAGGAGCAGGUGGACAAGCUGAGCCGCCUGCAGGUCGACUCGGCCGAGUACAGCUGCCUCAAGGCCAUCGCCCUCUUCACCCCCGACGCGUGCGGGCUGACAGACUCCGCCCAGGUGGAGGCGCUACAGGAGAAGGCCACGGUGGCGCUGAGCGAGUACGAGCGCUCGCAGUACCCCGGGACGCCGCAGCGCUUCGGCCGCCUGCUGCUGCGGCUGCCCGCGCUGCGCGCCGUGCCCGCCGGCCUCAUCUCACAGCUCUUCUUCAUGCGUCUGGUCGGGAAGACGCCCAUCGAGACGCUCAUCAGGGACAUGCAGCUGUCAGGCAGCUCCAUCAGCUGGCCAUAUGUGCCGGGUCAGUGAGCGUCAGCCUCCACCCCGCCCCCUCCACCACGACACCACCACCACCACCACCA